CGCCCGGAAGGGGCUGGACCACUGGCCGUUUGAACGCUUGGCGGGCGCCGCUGGACGGAGCAAGAAAAACACACAAUGGCCAGCACCCUUGGGAGCAGCUGCCACCCGGUGGAGGAGCAGAGAGCUCGGUGGGAGAGGAAGCGCUGUCGGACAGCUAAGGAACUGGUGGAAACAGAGCAGCAGUACCUGGAGCAGCUGGGCUUGGUAGCCACGUACUUUUUGGCCAUCCUGAAGGCCAAAGGGACCUUGAAGCCAGCAGAUCAAGAGGCUAUCUUUGGGUGCCUGGAGUCCAUCUGCUCUGCCAGCCGGACUCUGCUUUUCCAUCUGGAGGGAGGUCGCUUGGGGCUUGGCCUGGAGGGUUUCUGCCACCAGCUGGUUCUCUACAUCUGCUAUGCUGAAAACCUUGAAAAGGCCCAGAGCACCUUGGAGAGGCAGGUGCAGAAGAACAAACCCUUUUCCCGCUUCAAGAAGCUCCAGGAGUCCCGACCAGAGUUUGGGGGGCUUUGCCUGGAACAGCUGCUCCCGCUGCCCCUCCAGAGGCUUUCUUGGUACAGGCACUUGCUGAAGGAUUUGGUAGGAAAUACCCACCCAGAAAGCUCUGACUUUAAGCAGCUGACAGGAGUUCUGAAGUCUGUCUCUGAGGCAUAUCACCGAGUCCAGGAAAUAUCUCGUUGCCGUGACAACGCCAACCAGAUGCGCCGGGUUCAGAAGCUGCUUAAGGGACAGAAGACACGAAUUCUGGCUCCAGGGCGCUGGUUUCUCCGGGAAGGCUGGCUAUUGGUGGUGCCCCCCAAGGGGGAGGAGCUGCAGCGCCGGAUGUUCUUCCUCUUCUCUGACAUCUUGCUGGUGACCAAGCCCUGCCACCCACUCCACCCCUGGAACGCACACAAGUUUGCCUGCCAGGCCGUUCUCCCACUCAGGCAGGGCGCGGUGCAGAAAGUCUUCGGUCACACGCAGAGCCAAGGGGGGCUGCUCAGUGUCUCCUUCCCCCACACGACGUUGCUGCUGAUGUCGUGUAAUCAGGACGACUUCCAUGAAUGGCACCAGACCCUGUUGGCUGCUGUCAGGCAGCUGCAGAUGGACUCCCCUCCAGCCUGCUGAAUGGAGGACCUGCACAGGGCCAGGCCAGUGAGUGCCAGUGGCUGUGCAGACUACAUAGAAACCACUGGUUACCAAAGCCACUAUUUCCCUUCUUUGGAAGCCGCAGCCCAAGACCCAACCUGACCUAGGACUGGCCCAUCCUUUCUUUUGCUUCCCCUUGACUCUUACCUGGAGACCCGCAAGAUGUCCAGAAUUGGCCUGUUCAUUGGAACUGCCACCUGCAAGGCCACUCUGCCUAUUCAGGCUGCAGAGGCACCUGAGCCUUAAACAUAGUCAGGUGAAGGAGCAAAAUGU